AUGAAGCGCAAACUCGACGAGAACGACGUCCCGAACGUCGAAGUGUCUAACGGCAAACCGUCAACCACAACUUCCACUGUGACUUUUGAGUCUUUCAACCUCGACUCACGGUUGCUGCAAGCCGUGUCAAAGGCGCAUUUUACCCAACCUACACCUAUCCAAUUGCAGGCAAUUCCCCUGGCGCUCCAAGGCAAGGAUGUACUUGCUCAGUCCAAGACCGGCUCUGGAAAGACCGCUACCUACGUGAUACCCAUUCUGCAAGCCCUCCUCCACCGCAAGUCGACCGCCUCCGAAACCCGGACUUCCUCGACAACUGUUCUAGUCCUGGUUCCUACGAGGGAGCUCGCCGAUCAGGUCCAGAAGACUUUUACUCUUCUCUCCACAUUCUUUCCAAAAGAUGUCAAGUCAGUAAACCUCACACAACGAGUGUCCGACGCCGUCCUAAACGCGAUCCUCUCUGACACACCCGACAUUGUCGUAUCCACACCUGGACGUGCCAACCAGUUCCUUUCGUUAGGCAAGCUGAAUUUGGAUCAGAUCUCACACCUGGUGAUUGACGAAGCGGACCUUGUUCUUUCAUAUGGCUACGAAGACGAUAUCGCAAACAUCGCAAAGACAGUACCCCGCACGGCGCAGACUUUCUUGAUCAGUGCAACGCUCACCACGGAUAUUGAUGCACUCAAGCAGACGCUGUGUCGUGACCCGGUGGUUGUUCGAAUCAAUGACAAGGAAGAGGAGGGAGAAGGCAUAACGCAAUACGUUGUCAAAUGCGCCGAGGACGAGAAGUUUUUGCUCGUCUUCGUUAUAUUCAAAUUGCGUCUGGUGCGCGGCAAGACCAUCAUAUUCGUCGAUGAUCUUGACAGGAGCUACAGGCUCAAACUAUACCUCGAGCAAUUCGGCCUCAAUGCAUGCAUCCUGAACUCGGAGCUUCCCGUCAACUCGAGGCUGCACGUGGUGCAGGAAUUCAAUAAAGGCCUUUACAAUAUUCUCAUCGCCGCCGACGACCAAGAGGUGCUUGGUGGUGUCCACAAGCAACAGAAACGGGUUUCUGGCCGUGGAGAUCAGGGCGACGAAGGCGAACUCUCUUCAGAUGAUGAAGCGGUCACAGCAUCGAAAAAGACGAAGAAGUCUACAUCGUCGCGCGACUAUGGUGUCUCACGUGGAAUCGACUUCCAAAAUGUGUCCUGCGUUCUGAAUUUCGACCUUCCUCAUACCUCGAAAGCCUACACCCACCGCAUUGGUCGCACAGCUCGCGCAGGCAAGGCCGGCAUGGCUCUGUCUUUUGUCAUCCCUUCGGCGCUUUACAAGAAGCACAAACCCACCUCGAUCCCGUCCGCCAAGCACGACGAGAAAGUCCUUGCAAAGAUCAUCUCGAAACAGGGCAAGCUCGGUCGGGAAGUCAAGGACUACAACUUCGACAUGGCGCAAGUGGAUGCCUUCCGAUACCGCGUCAAUGAUGCCAUUCGCGCAGUCACAAGAGUCGCGAUCCGAGAGGCUAGAGCCCGAGAGAUCAAAGAAGAGCUCGUGAAGAGCGAAAAGCUUCGCAAGCAUUUUGAAGAAAACCCAGACGACCUGCGACAUCUACGACAUGACACCGAGAGCGGGAAAACCAAGGUUCAGCGACACUUGAGACACGUGCCUGACUAUCUCCUGCCAGCGGGUGCUAAGCAGAACAAGUCGCUGGAUGUAGGGUUCGUAGGAUUCAGGAAGGACGAGCGUGAUGCAAAGAAAGGCAAAGGCAAAGGCCGGAGGGGGGGACCGAAGAAGGUGGUGGGAAGGAGAGUGGAUCCGUUGAAGAACUUCAAACGCAGGUAG